UGUCAACGUCAAGUCAGUACUUCGGUAGUCAUCGCCGAGCCGGCGCGCGCGUAGCACGAAUGUUCUGUAUACGUUAUUCUGCGAUGCGUGCGGCGUGAAAGAUCGCGAGUGACGUUCCUUUACCAGUGUUAGCGACGGUCAGAUAAUUGUGUCAGAUCGGAUUACCGUUGCCCUCACCACCGGCAAACGGAUAAGCUGAUUGCAAUUUAGCUGUGAUGUGGAUGUUCAGUAAUAAAAGGCGCGCGCGCGCAUCAUGAAGAAGUUUAUGCGAACGCGCGCGGCGCCGUCGCAGCCUGCUCCCGGCGCCGCGACGCCCGCGCCGCCCGCGCUGCACAAGACCAACGGAAUAACGAACGGCGUGGGAACGGGCCCGAGACGCGACGAUCACCACUCCACUUUAAACAGAUACUGGAGCGAGUCUGACGAAUGCGGGGACUUAGGAAAAGGCGUGUCAGGUCUGGGUCUGUCGGCGGGCGUGUGCGCGCCACUGUGGGAGGACCCCGAGUUCCCCGCCGCCGCCAGCAGCCUCGCGGAUCGCCGCUUCGCUCACCGCUCGCGCUGGCUGCGACCACACGAAAUUUGUUCGAGACCUCGUUUUCUUGGCGACACCGCAGUAGAUGCGGAUCUGUCCCCCGAGCAGUUGGAACCCGAGUCCGACGAGCAGUUCGCCGCCAGAUGGAGCGUGGAGGCGGGCGAGGCGGGCGACGCGCACGUGUGCUGCGCCGCCGCCGCGCUGGCGCUCACGCCGCGCCUGCUCGCGCGCGUGGCGCCUCCGCAGAGCUUUCGCACUCGCUACACCGGCCUCUUCAGGUUUAGAUUCUGGGUGUUCGGUGUAUGGCGCGAGGUGACGGUCGACGACCGGCUGCCGGUCCGCGGGGGCCGCCUGGUGGCGAGUCGCGCGCUUCUGCCGGACGACUUCACGCUGCCGCUACUGGAGAAAGCCUACGCUAAGCUGCACGGCUCGUACGCGGCGCUGCGCGGCGGCAGCGUGGCGCGCGCGCUGCAGGAGCUGUCGGGCGGCGUGGUGCAGAGCUUCGCGCCGCCGCGCCAGCCGCGCGCACUGCUGUUCCAGGUGCUCAACUCCGCCGUGCCGCGCUCCACGCUGCUCGUCGCCACCGUGACGCCGCCCUCCGGACCGACGGAGAAGGAGGGAGCGGGCCGCAGGCUGCGGAACGGGCUGAUCCCGGGGCAAGCUUACUGCGUCACCGGCCUGGCGCGCGUGCGCGAGGCGGCGGGCGACGGUGACGGCGACGCGAGCGGCGCGCUCGUGCGCGUGCGCGCGCCGGCCGGGCGCGGCGAGUGGGCGGGCGCGUGGGCGCGCGGCGGCCUGCAGUGGCGCGCGCUGGCCGAGCCCGACCGCGACCUGCUCGCGCGCCGCGCCGCGCAGCCCGGACACUUCUGGAUGUCGUUUUCGGACUUCGCCCGCUCGUUCGGAAGGCUAGAAUUGGUGCACGUCGGCCCGGACGACUGGCUGAGCGAGCCGGCACUGCACGGCAAGCGGCCGUGGCGGGCGGUGCUCGCGCGGCGGCGGUGGCGCUGCGGGUACAACGCGGGUGGCCCGCCGCGCUGCCGCGCCACUGCGCACACGAACCCGCAGUUCCACGUGCAGGUGCCGCGCACGGAGGCGGGCAAGUGCCACGUGGUGGUGUCGGUCACGCAGCAGUACGCGGUGGGCCCGGGCAGUCGCGAGCGACUGCACGGCAUCGGGUUCGCCGUGUACGAGCUGCCGGCCGGCGCCGCCCCCCGCCGCGCCGCCCUGGCCGCCGCCGCGCUGCCCGACCUGCGCGCCCUCGACGUGACGCACGAGUCCCGCGCGCGUGAGGUGGUGACCUUCUUCACUCUGCCGCCCGGCCAGUACCUGGUGGUACCACACACGCACCGCCCGCACGUCGAGGCCGCCUUCCUGCUGCGCAUCCUCACGGACGAUCACACCGACGUCUGGGAGGUGAACGACGACAACGUGAUCAUCAGAGACAUCGCGGCAGAAUUUAUGGACGAGGGUCGCUCCAUACCGCCAGAGUUGCAGGCCGCCAUCGCGAAGACGCUCGGGAAGCGGGAGACCGAGGAGGUACGAAAAUAUCGAUCCACAGCUCCAGUCGGCCACGCAGGCGCGCCGUCCUCACCGUCCGCCCACCCGCAGGUGGACGCGGCGGCGCUGCUGCGGCUGCUGCGGCGCGUGUGGCGGCGCGUGCUGCCGGCGCGGCCGUCGCUGGAGCUGUGCCGCGCGCUGGUGGCGCUGCGCGACCCCGGCGUGCGCGGGCGGCUGGGCGCGCGCGAGCUGCCGGCGCUGCUGGCGCGGCUGGCGCUGUGGCGCGCGGCGCUGGCGCCGGCGCGCUGCGGGCGCGCGCGCGUGUGCGCGUACCGCCUGCGCGCGCUGCUGUGGGCGUGCGGCGUGAGCGCGUCCAACAAGGUGCUGGAGUGCCUCGUGCUGCGCUUCGCGCGCGGCGCCUACCUGUCGCCGGCCGCCUACGUCACGGCGCUGGCCCGCCUGCACCUCGCGCACGAGCGAUACCGCAGCCUCGACGCGAAGCUGAAGUCCAAUCCUCUGUCGCUGGAGGAGAUGAUCCUGAUGACGAUCUACUCGUGAGCGCGGCGCGACGCCGUCGCCGGCCUGUUGUUGUUUCAUUGAUUACUUGUUAAGUUUGUACUCGGUGGCGAAUUAUUAUUAUUAUUAUGAAACGUGUGGUGAACGUCGAGAUAUCAUCGGCAUUAUUAAAGUUUGAAAGUCCUCUGUCGAAUAUUCUACAUUACUACGUGUGAAAUCGUCAGUGGCCUUUUGUAAAAUAAAGUAAAUAAUUUAAAAAAAGGUGCGAUAACCAUGGAGUGCUACACAUUCUCGUCAAAUACGAUGUCGUUUAAACCGAUUAAAUACUUAUUUAUUACGUGAAUGUUAUUGUUAUAUUAGAAACAUAAAUAUAUUUAUUAUUUAUUAUACUCGUUAGUUGGAGCAACGACCAAAGAUUCUUAAUGCCGUCCCCCUGGUACGAGCUUCUAGUACAAAUCAGCUUGUAAUGAAGUAGUGAAUUUAUUCGUUUCACAAAAUCGAUAAAUCUAGAACUUUCCUCAGCUCGUGUUGUCGUCUCCCGCGCGACAUGUUACUUACGACGUUUAAUUAUGUUUGUUUUAUUAACUUCCGGUGCAAUCGUUCUCUUCGUGUAAUACAUUCUUAAUGUGAUUUUUAAAUUGUAUUCAUAAUUUUUAAUUCGACCAUCAUGAAUCUGUUACUUUGUAUUAUAUGAAUAAAGAAAACAUGAGUCCAUAUAGUAUAGUAUCCUUGUAAUAUAUUUUUUUAAUAUCAAGCACAUACAUAGUUAUGUAACAACAGCGAACCUUCCUUGCUCUCGAGUUGGUUAAAGAUAAAAUACGUAAUGGAUGCUCUACCGAAAGAACAAUAAAUGAAAAUAUGACUAUGAUAAUGUGUGACUGUAUUAAUUGUUCCAUAAAAUGUGAUAAAACAAACCUAUUUACCAAAUAUUAUUUAAUGCAGUUUAAAAUAGAUAAUAUUACAUGUAGGUACCUAUAUUUCAAAUGUGAACACGUAUUAAUAAAUGCU